AUGCAUCAUAAGCUUAAUAUAAAUAGAGUUUCUGCUAUACUGAGAUUCGAUGGAAUUUGGCCCGUAGAAACAACGGUUACAAGUUUCAAAAUUUUAAAUUUGCUUUUUCGUUUGUUCAAUCUCACCAUAGUUGUGUUAUUAACAUUGAUUAUGUCAGCCGAUGCAAUUGUUAACAUCAAUGAGAUAUCACUCAUUACAGAUAAUUUAUGUUUCUUGAUCGGAUGUUUCGAAACACUAGCGAAGGGAUUUAAAUGUUGCAUUGAAUAUAAAACGAUCAUUCAACUGAUAAACGAUAUUUAUGAACCAAUAGACAUAAUUAAGAAGAGAAAAAACGUUGAAGUUAUGAAAUGGAUCACCAAAUUAUCGCAUUUUGAGCACCGACAAUUUUUGACACUCUUUGGAAUUGUUUUUACAUUAGUAUUAGCACGAAUUUUUAGUGCUGACUUUAAAAAUCGAGAAUUUCCAGUACGUAUUCUUGUUCCAUUUAAUGCAUCAGAGACACCUUAUUAUCACCUAGUGUAUGCUGGAAUAUCUUAUGCUAUUUUGCUUGUUGACUACUCACUAUUCGGUGUUGACGUGAUGGUCAUUGUAUUAAUGAGAUAUAUAACUGUCCAAUUAGAUAUAUUAAUAGCAAAUUGCAGGCAUUGUCACAAUAGUUCUAUUAGAAGUGUUAUCAACUUGCCAUUAAAUAAAAAUCCAAAAACAUUCGAACGGAUAAAAAAUGCUCCUGAUGAUGAUAAUAAUAAUGAGAGCAAUCAAAUAAAGAACUUUGUUAUGUUUGAAAUGCAAGAAAAUAGUGUGUUUGAUAAAAAUAAUUUUGAUUGGAGAUUUAAACACUGUGUUAUACACCACCAGAAAGUAAUUGAUAUUUUGAAUGUAACCAAUGACUGCUUCAGUUUCUGCGUGGUCGUUCAAAUUUUGACCAGUACUAUAUUAAUAUGUUUGAAUGGAUUUCAAAUCAUUCUAGGUAAUGAAAGUCUCCAUCUGUUAAUGAGAAGAUUUUUAGCAAUUACAGUAGUUUUAAUACAAUUAUUGUUUUGGUGCUGGUAUGGGAAUAAAAUGAGUUCAGCAGCAGAGUCAUUAACGAUUAACCUGUGGAUGUGUGGUUGGGAAAAUGAAUACAAGUAUGGAAUACGGAAUACCGUAUCAAUACCAAUGAUACUGUCAUUACAGUCAUUUGAACUUCGCGCUCUUGGUCUUGUUCCUUUAUCACUACAAACAUUUGUUUCUGCUAUUAAAACAUCAUACUCAGUAUUAAUACUUUUACUUACCGUAGCCACGGAGCAGUGA